AUGAGCAACCCAGAAGGAGCAGCGAAAUGGGCAGCUGCAUUCAUCCAAGAUUCCUGGAAGGAUGUUAUGAUCGGCGAGGCGACAGAGGCCGCGAUGAAGGAGACACUUCUAAAGUACACCACUGCUUCUGUACGCUGGACCGUCGACGGGGAGCUGCUGGCGGUGGAUAAGCUGGCCAAAUAUUGCGCACAGCUUCGUGGUCGAAUGCAAUCUGUCAAAGUCGAGGUCCAUGAUCUGAUCACGGAGAAGCAGGACGGCUACACGAAACUCGCGAAUCGACAUAUCUGCUACUUUUUGCGGACGGAUGGGAGCACUGUCAGUAACGAGUGUUUCCAAAUUAUGAAAAUCGAUAAUGAUGGCUUAAUUACCGAAGCUGUGGAGGUUGCAAGAAACUUUGAUGAUAGCAGAGAUGGAGACGGAGAAAACAGCCAAGGCUAG